AUGCCAAUUCUCCCAGCUUUCGAGAUCCCCGACACCGCUGCAGCCCUACCAGUCGACGACUCAAGCUUCUUCAUCGCCUUCCUAUCCUCAAAAGAUCCGGCCACCCAGCAGCCAUGGUGCCCUGAUGUGCGUGCCACUCUGCCCACGCUCGAAGCAACCUUCCAGCGGGACGAAUCACCCACAGCCGCCUUCGUCGAAGUCGGACAGAGAGCAGAAUGGAGGGAUCCGAGUAAUGUGUUCCGUACCAAGUGGAAUGUGCACAAUGUCCCGACCCUCGUUCGAUUCCAGCGGGUUGGUGAUUCGGUAAAGGAAGUCGGUCGUUUGACGGAAGGGGAGAUUAUGGAUGCGGAACGGUUGCAGCGGCUUGUGUCUGGAGAGGGCGCUUUGUGA